CCUGUUAUAACAACAGACUACCACCACCAUGUCCACCUCCGUCUCCGCCGCCGUCGCUGCCGCCCUCCUCCCAAUACUCCACGGUCGCCGCUCGCCGCCGGCAUCUCGCGUCCCGACAAUCUUCCGCAGAAGAAUCGGCCCCAGUCCCCGUCUCUUCUCCUCUUCCUCCCACUCCUUCCCCAUUCUCACAGCCGCGGCCAUGGCCACCGCCCCCGCCGCCUCCGACGCCGGGUCCAAGAGUAAGCUGCUCGUCUUCGAUUCCAAGGAAGAACUCGCGGUGUCUCUGGCUAAGUACACCGCGGAGCUGUCGGAGAAGUUCGCCGCCGAGAGGGGCGCCUUCACCGUCGUGCUCUCCGGCGGAUCCCUCAUCGACGCGCUCAGCAAGCUGACGGAGCCGCCGUACCUGGAAUCGGUGGACUGGAGCAAGUGGCACGUCUUCUGGGUGGAUGAGAGAGUCGUGCCCAAGGAUCAUGAGGAUAGCAACUACAAGCUCGCCUUCGAUGGGUUUCUCUCCAAGGUGCCGAUUCCUCCUGGGCAAGUUUAUGCUAUAAAUGAUGCCUUGUCAGCUGAGGGAGCAGCUGAUGACUACGAAGCUUGCUUGAAGCAGCUUGUUAAGAAUGGUGUGAUUGCCAUGUCAACAGCAACUGGGUUUCCCAGGUUUGAUCUUCAGCUUCUUGGAAUGGGACCUGAUGGCCACAUUGCCUCUCUCUUCCCUGGUCACCCUCUUGUUAAUGAGAAAGAGAGGUGGGUCACCUACAUCAAGGAUUCUCCAAAGCCGCCACCAGAGAGGAUCACAUUUACAUUUCCGGUAAUCAACUCAUCUGCAUAUAUCGCGAUGGUGGUCACUGGAGCUGGGAAAGCUGGUCCAGUGCAGAAAGCGCUAUCAGACAAGCAAACUUCAUCCGAUCUGCUGCCUAUUGAGAUUGCUGUGCUUCAAGAUGGAGAAUUCACUUGGUUCACUGACAAGCCAGCAGUGUCCCUGUUGCAGAACAAGUGAAGACCAUGGUGAUCUUAGUUCGAAGCCUUUUUAUCUUAAAUAAAGGAUCCAGGGGUGCAUAUUGCAUAGUUGCAUUCGUCCUCCGUGGAUUUCAUGUAAGGGAGACUUGAACCCUUUAUGUAGUAUAUUUUCCAGAGUCUUGUGUUUCAGAUACUCCGUUGAUUCUAGUUUAGUGAAUAACAGUCUCUGAAACAUUGCUCAACAAGUGCUUGUUUAGUACCUGUAACCUUGUUCAAUUUGCUCGGUUGGUGACUAUUUUGUUGGGCAAUCUGGCUGCAUCUCCUUCCAAGCU